AUUGGGGGUUAGGAUUGGGGAGGAGGAGGAGGAGGAGGAAGAGGAGGAGAUGGGAGAGAAAAAAACCCUGAUCCUGAUUCUCCCCUCUCUGGUUGCGUCUCGCGCCGUUUGCAGCAGAGCUCCUGGAGAUCCGGCUGAAUGUGUGUGUGCGCUCUGACUGGAUACAGAAAACACACACAUCAGAACAGGAGUGUGUGAGUGCGUAUGAGUGUAUGUGUGUGUGUGAGAGAGUGUGUGUGUGUGUCAUGAAUUAUUACACCUGAGCUGGGCAUGUAGUUGUCCGGGUUCCUGGGCGUGGGAAGGACGAGUCUCCACGAGUCUCCGUGUUCUGUGGGAACUAAACUUUACGCGCUGAUCCAGACUCCAGUCCUCCUCUCCUCCUCUCUCCUCCUGUCAGGAUGUAAACCUGGGAACUUUUAUUUUUCCUUUUCAACGCACUACUGCCUCACAGAUGACGACUUUUCAUGUCUAACUUUUUUUGGGGGAAUACAUUCAGACACCAAACUCCAGAGAGAGACAGAGACUCAGCGCUGAGGAGAGGAGAGAGAGGCGGUUCAUGUCAUCAGAGUUCACCCGGCCUUAAACCUGAACAGGAGAUCGAGGUGGUUGAUGUCAUCGCGGAUCGACACGCCUGAACACUGACCAGACAUGAUGGAGCGGAGGUGGGCGUGGCUGUUUGCCUCGGUGACCCUGGCAGCCGUGUACCUCAGCCCCACUCAGUGUAAAAACCUGGAGUUCCUCUCGGACACCCUCAUCAACAACGUGGUCGCAGAUCCUCAAACCGGCCGCCUUUACGUCGGCGCCGUCAACUCCCUCCACCAGCUGAACCACGACCUGGAGGUGGAGUCCCGCACCGAGACCGGCCCCAGACGGGACGACCGGCAGUGCACGCCGCCCGUCACCGACGCCUGCGAGGAAGCCCGGGACACAGACAACCACAACAAGCUGCUGCUGGUGCACAAGGCGAAGAACAUCCUGGUGGUGUGUGGGAGCGUCUUCAGGGGAAUCUGCUCUCUGAGGAACUUGAGCAACGUGGAGAAGCUUCUCUACUUCAGCGACUCCAAAGGAGAGAAGUCGUACGUGGCGAGCGCAGAGGAGAGCGUCUCAGUGGUGGGAGUGAUGUCAUAUUUCUCCAAGGAUGGAGCCAACUACACCGUGUUCCUGGUUGGAAAGGGAUACGGCAGCCACGACAGCACCAAGCUCAUCUCCACCCGCAUCCUCCAGGACUACGGCGACUGGGUGGUGUUCGACAGCAUCAUCGAGGCCUCGGCGGUCCAGGCCAACCCCUUCGUCCUGCGGUACCUCCACGACUUCCGCUUCUCCUUCAAAGACGGCGGCUUCGUCUACUUCUUGUUCUCGAGGACUCUGGGGGUUCAGGACACCAAGAACUUCACCUUCAUCUCCAGGAUGUGCGAGGACGAUCAGGGUUACUACUCGUACACGGAGCUGCAGCUCAACUGUAGCGCAACCAACAAGUUCAACAAAGCCCAGGCUGCGUACGUAGCAGCACCAGGCGAAUUCCUGGCCCAACGUUUGAGCGAAUCAGACGAUAACGGACAAGUUUCUGCCAACGACAAGGUCCUGUUUGUGACCUUCACCUCUGAUGAAGACCCGUCUAUGUCAGCGAUGUGUAUGUAUCCUCUGAGCUCCAUUAAUAAGAGGCUGGUGGAGAUAAUAGGAGCCUGCUACAGCGACAACGGUAUCAUUAAGGAGAAGGCUGCUGUCUACUCGCCGUACUCCUCCAAGUCUGAGGAGCUGUGCAGCAGCAGCAGCAGUUCGCACAACUUGGCCGUCACGUACAAGUGUGGAGCCGAGUUCCUGCCCUCGCCUCUGGCCAGCAAGGCCGACUUUGCCUUAAAGGCUGAGACGCCAGUGGAGCUGCCGGGUCACAUGACUGCGGUGGCCGUUGCUGUGGAAAUGGGGCACGCUGUGGCGUUCCUGGGCAUGGCUUCUGGAGAGGUGGAGAGGGUUCAUCUGUCGGCAGGCGGCUCGGGGAAGUACGGGCGAGCGCUGGUCGAAACCGGCGGUGACAAGGUCAACAAGAACCUGCUGUUCGAUUCCCAGCAGCAACACCUGUACAUCACCACGGAGAAGAAGAUCACCAAAGUUCCCGUCCAGGCCUGCCACCUGAUGAUGGACUGCCAGUCCUGCGUCUCCAUGAAGGAUCCGUACUGUGGCUGGUGUGUCCUGGAGGGAAAGUGCACCAGGAAGCAGGACUGCAGCAGGUCCAUGGAGGAGAACACCUGGCUGUGGUCGCCCAAUGAGCAGUGUGUUCAGAUUCAGGCCUUUAGUCCUCCCAACCUGAGCUGUAAGAAGACCCAGAUGGUUGACAUCACCAUCCCGGCCCUCCCCCGGCUCCGGCAGUUUGACAGGCUGAAGUGUGAAUUCGGCUCCUACAGCAACGACGCUGUGAUUGACAUCCACAGUCAGGUGCAGGUCACCUGCUCGCUGCCUCAUCCUGGGGACAUUCCACCCACUCCAGACGGGCAGGACUACGUGUCCGUCCCGGUCCGGGUUCUGGUGAACGACCGGAUCGUGGUCGCCUCCAACGAGUAUCACUUCUACAACUGUGCCGCCACCGUCAGGAAGAACCCAAACACACCGUGUAUCGCCUGUGUGACCAGUGAGUGGGGCUGUCAGUGGAACGCUCAGGAUCACAGCUGCAGUGACAGCGAUGACGCCGAGGCCGGGAGUCAGAUAGUGAAACCACAGAAGCCCGACAGCUGUCCUCAGUUCGAGUCUCCAGAGCCGUUGUUGAUCCCAGUGGGCUACGAAAUCCCCAUCAGCUUCCAGGGCAAAAACCUGGACUACAUGGGUCAGAGGUUCACCAUCGGGACUGAGCUGAUGAAGUCUACAGAGAAGACUGUGAUAAAGGAGCAGGGGUCAAAGUUCAAGUUCAUGGGUUACGAGUUUUCCUAUGACAAGCAGCAGGAGGUAAACGUAUCCUUCCACAUCAAAGACAGAGACACUGAGAGGAAGAUUGACAGCACCCUGACAGUCGUUCUGUAUAACUGCUCAGUGGGAAGAGAAGACUGCAGUCUGUGUAAACAUGCCGACUCUAAGUAUCAGUGUGUGUGGUGUGCGGCCACGCGCACCUGUGUUUACCGCGAGCUCUGCCUGUCACCGCAGCCGGCUCAGUGCCCCAACCCGGAAAUCACUGACAUCGUCCCUCGGUACGGCCCUCUGAACGGACGCAUCUCUGUGACCAUUAAAGGCUCCAACAUGGGAAUCAAGAAAGAGGACAUCAAGAAGAUCACAGUGGCUGGAGUGGACUGUGUCCACCAGCAGGACAAAUACUCUGUCUCUACCAGCGUGGUUUGUGAGAUCGGUCCAGCGAGGCGCGCCCCGCCGUCUGACGUCCCGUUCCAGCCGACCCACAGCGGAGCAGUGGAGAUAGAAGUAGAGGGAGGGAGGACCGGGAGGUCUCAGGUCUUCUUCACAUACCGGGUACGUCUGAACACUUUAAGAGGAGGGCGAGGUUUGAAAUGUGAGGUUGAGUGUGUUGGAACUCUGCAGGUGUUGGUGCACGGAGAGGGACCAGAUGUGACUCCAGUGAAGGUGCUGAACUGUGACACCAUCUCCCAGGUGAAAGAGAAAAUCAUCGAUCAGGUGUACAGGAACCUGCCGUACUCUCAGAGACCCAAAGUGGAGAGUGUUGCACUCGAGUGGCGUCCUGGCUCCACGGGUCAGAUCCUCUCAGACCUGGACCUCACGUCUCAGAAAGAAGGACGCUGGAAGAGACUGAACACGCUCGCUCAUUAUAAUGAGAGCUGCGUGGUGGCAGGACUGUAUCUGACUAGAGAAAAGGCACAGUGCAGGGGCUACUGGUUGCUGUGCCACACGUGGGGAAAGGAGAACCCUGUGUGCUCGGUUCGGGACAACGCCACGCUGGUUCUGUCCAGAGUUCUGCACACGCAGUCUUUCCAUCAGCAUCAGGACAGCUACGAAGAGAAAAACGCUCUGCUGGAGGACGACAACACCUUCCACCUGGUGAGGCCGGCGGACGAACUGGACGAGGUGAAGUCAAAGCGAGGGAGCAUGAAGGACAAGGCCAUGACCAAAGCUAUCACUGAGAUCUACCUGACCAGGCUGCUGUCUGUAAAGGGUACUCUGCAGCAGUUUGUGUGUUUCAUGUGUUCAUGUGUUCAUGUUCCUCAGGGGUACUCUGCAGCAGUUCAUGUGUUCAUGUUUUCAUGUGUUCAUGUGUUCCUCAGGGGUACUCUGCAGCAGUUCAUGUGUUCAUGUUUUCAUGUGUUCAUGUGUUCCUCAGGGGUACUCUGCAGCAGUUCAUGUGUUCAUGUGUUCCUCAGAGGUACUCUGCAGCAGUUCAUGUGUUCAUGUGUUCAUGUGUUCCUCAGGGGUACUCUGCAGCAGUUCAUGUGUUCAUGUGAUUCAUGUGUUCAUGUGUUCCUCAGGGGUACUCUGCAGCAGUUUGUGGAUGAUUUCUUCCGCAGCGUGUUGGGUUCGAGUUCGGUCGUUCCUCCAGCUGUUAAAUACUUCUUUGACUUCCUGGACGAGCAGGCGCUGAGACACGACAACGUGGACGAGGAGACGCUGCACAUCUGGAAGACCAACAGUUUGCCUUUACGUUAUUGGGUGAACAUCCUGAGGAACCCUCAUUUCAUCUUCGACGUCCACGUGACGGAGGUGGUGGACGCGUCGCUGCACGUCAUCUCUCAGACCUUCAUGGACGCCUGCACCAAGACGGAGCACAAACUCAGCAGAGAGUCUCCCAGCAACAAACUGCUCUAUGCAAAAGAGAUCUCCACCUACAAGAAGAUGGUGGACGAUUAUUACAAGGGCAUCAAGCAGAUGGUUCCAGUCAGUGACCAGGACAUGAACACACACCUUGCUGAGGUGUCACGGCAACACACAGACAAGCUGAACACCCAGGUGGCCUUACAUCAGCUGUACCAGUAUGCCAGCAAGUACUACGACGUGAUCAUCCAGUCGCUGGAUGAGGACCCAGCAGCCCAGAACAAACAGCUCACCCUCCGCCUCCAGCAGAUCGCUGCCGCCCUGGAGAACAAGGUCACCGACCUUUGA